CAAAUUGCACAGUACCUGCAGGCCGCGAAAACAAGGGAUCAAGAGGGUGUGUGGGAGUGAACAGUGGAAGCUCUGAGCAAUGUGUUAUGAAGUCAAUUUUAAUGCGGACCACGAGUUUAACCAAUCGCCGCCCCAACUCAGCUGCAAGACCAUCAACCCGCCCGUCCGGAAGCGGCUUGGCAACUGUAAUGCAACUACAUUCGUCUCAUUCCUUGCAGUGGCAUGAGAGGCUCUUCUGGGUGGCGUUUUCAGUGAUUCCUGGUGUUAUUCCUAGGAUUUUGGGCUUGGAAAGACAAAAGAUCGGAGCGCAGUAAAUGGUAAUAUAGUAAUGCUUCUAGUGAUCUACAUGAUAAUCUCUUCGAUUAGAGCUAGGAGUUGUACUUGGCUACAAGGGUAACAGUUAUGCAGAUGAUAAAGAGGGGAUAUCUGAAUCAAACGUGGGG